AUGUCGGACUGGGUAGUAACAGAGGAGAAGAAUGUACCCAUCGAUCACAUUUCACGGCGGCGGAGCUUCCCAGUUAGGCCUCCGCCGCUCAGGAUUUACAACCCUAUUAAGGUGAUUGGAUUCGACGGUAAUAUACACGUUCCUAAAUAUAGAUUUUGGAAUCCGUUCAUGCCGGAAAACGUGCUGAGAGCGGCAUAUGUCCCGGUUGUUGCGCAUCCUUUUGGCGAUCGCACGAAAACUCACCAAUGUAGGAGCGACAAUGUCAUGUCGUCAAUCCAUAACCUGCAUUCGGUGUUCGAUGCAGUGGAAAGGCAGAUGGAUGCUUGGAGUCGUUGGAUUUUGGGGGACCCUGUACACGCAAGUACCACCGCAGGAGCGCUUAGAGAUGCCCAUUCGCUCACUGACUUCAUGAAUGUUGGCAGGCGGUUGUUUAACACUUGGGACAAUCACCUGGAACCAGUGAACGAUGCUCACCAGCAUGCGCGGGACCACUCUUCCCGGUACUACGACAACGCUUCUGCUGCCUCCGAGGACUUGCGCAACUAUCGCAUAGCGACUGACCGUGCAAACCAAGCUAUAGAAGACAUUCAUUCUCGAUUGGAAUCAAAUGAUGACCGUGACUACAAUGACUCUCGUGGCGAACUGCUCCCCGUGCGGCACUCUGGCUCCGGCUCUGGCCAAAGUGACGAUAUGAAGUACUAUAAGAUGACCUUCCAUCUACCAGUACUCAACGAAGAAGAUGUCAAGGUCUCUAUUCGUGAAGGUGUACUAACAGUGCGUGCAGACGCCGAUGAAGUAGCAAGCGAUGACAAUCAUUCUGUUGCCCGGCGCUCGCAAAGAUUCCACCACACAGUCAGGUUGCCAGCUAACGCUGAAGUAAGGCUGGCAACGGCUAAAUUCGCCAAUGGUACGCUAACUGUAAAAAUACCCCUAAUGUGUUGA